AUGGUGAUAGGACUCUACAGAAAACCUACUUUGUCAGUCCUGCCCAGCCCAGUGAUGAGAUUAGGAGGGAAUGUGACCCUCCAGUGUGUCUCACAGCUUGGAUAUGAUGGAUUUGCUCUGACUAAGGAGGAACCACAGAAGUUCUCUUGGACCCUAGACUCACAGUACAUAUACUCUAAUGGCAGUUUCCAGGCAUUGUUCUCUGUGGGGCCUGUGACCUCCAGACAGCGGAGGACAUUCAGAUGCUACGGCUAUUACCUGAGUAAACCCCAGGUGUGGUCAGAACCCAGUGACCCUCUGGAGUUCCUGGUGUCAGUCUCACCAACCCAGGAUCACACAGUGGAGAACCUCAUCCGGAUGGGCAUGUCUGGCUUGAUCCUCACACUUCUUGGGAUUUUGCUCUAUGAAGCUUGCCACAGCCAGAGAAGAACCUUCACUGCAUCCUAG